GCUCCAUUGCAUCCCCCACGACAGCUCUUUUCUCAUUCGGUUGGUACCAUUCCCAAUAUUCCACUAAUCCACUUCUCUCUCUUGUCCUUCUCAUUCAUUAACUUCACUUAUUUCAAGCUUUCAACUUCGAAAUUUAGUUUGGACUUCAUUGGAAAUGGGGUCUGUAGAUACUUGUCCCUCACUCUUCCCUCUAUAAAUUCAACUGCCUUUGCUUCUGAACAGGAACCUGCUUCUGGGGUUUUCAAAUCGUCCUUCUUUGACUUGUCAAAGUUCCAACCUUUUAAGUUUUCUUGUUGUAAGUUCAGGAUUCAAAGAGUUAAUGGGCGAUGUGGUUUUUGAGAAUGAUAUAUCUGAAAUGCCUGUCACAGUAAUUGCAUCAGGUCUGUAAUGAUACUGUGAGGAAGAAAAGUUUUCUUUUCGAUAGCUUGGGAUUGUAUUCGUCGAUGGAUGACAUUUUCACCCGUCUAUUGACAUUGGCUAGUUAUAUUAGUCAUCGGUUUGUUCAAUUUAUCGAGGAUCUCGCACGUACAGAUGCUGAUAGAUGUUCAGAUGAUUUGCUGGUCAAUUCUGCUGGACAGUAUUUAAGAUCAUUGAGACACGGUGUUUGUAAUUCAUUUUUUGAAGGUUAUUCAUCGUCUUCAAAAUCUUGUUUAUCCGGUCAAAACCCUGGAAUCUGUGAAAGAGUCUCAGAGCCCAGGGAAGACGCUAGAACUGAAAUUGUAGCUGCCAAGUCCAGUUAUGCAGUUGUCCCAUUCAUUUUUAAAGGGUUAGUACUGCCAUUACAUGGUUUACAAUUUGCAUGGCGGUUGGCAAUGUCUUGUUGCAGAAGCUCUGUGGCAUACGUUAGAUGUGCUCAUCUUCGAAUUUGUAGCAUUGCAUCUCGAAUACAGAAAUCAUUGCGAGGCUCAGCAGAUGAUAUUGGAUGGUUGCAGCGCACUGACGGCAUGCCUGGUGUGGAGGAUGGUACAGCAAGAUUUUUGGAAUUGCUUGCAGGAAUUAGGAAUGGAAAGCACAGACUUCCCAGCUCAUAUGUCUAUCUACUAAUUCCCGGCCUCUUUAGCAAUCACGGCCCCUUAUACUUUGUUGGAACUAAGAAAUUCUUUUCGAAGAUGGGUCUAGCGUGCCAUAUUGCAAAAAUUCACAGCGAGGCAUCGGUUGCGCACAAUGCAUGGGAACUCAAGCAAUAUAUCGAGGAACUAUAUUGGGGAUCCGGUAAGCGUGUUAUGCUGCUAGGGCACAGCAAAGGUGGUGUGGAUGCUGCAGCUGCAUUAUCAGUCUACUGGGGUGAUUUGAAAGACAAAGUGGCUGGUUUAGCACUGGUACAGAGCCCAUACGGCGGCACUCCAUUGGCUUCUGAUUGUCUUCGUGAAGGCCAGGUUGCUGAUAAAGAAACCCGCCGGAUCAUGGAGCUCUUGAUAUGCAAGCUAAUUAAGUUUUUCCUUCAAUCAUCUUGUUGGGGUUUUGUUCAUUGCCCUCUGUUGCACUGGAAGGGUGACAUUCGGGCACUGGAGGAUCUUACAUACGAGAAGCGAAAGGAGUUUAUCUUGAAUCACAAACUUCCCGCAGAGCAAAUUCCUUUGAUUUCCUUCCACUCUGAGGCCAGCAUUGCUCCCGGCGUCCUUGCAACAAUGACACACAUAGCGCAUGCAGAACUUCCCUGGCUCCCCCUACCAAACUUUGGCAAUAAAGAGUCAGAUGAAAUCAUUCAAGCAGGGCGUCAGCUGCCAGUAGUGAUUCCUUUAUCUGCUGCCAUGGCCUUGACUGCACUUCAUCUCCAACUCCGGUAUGGGGAGAAGAGUGACGGGUUAGUAACCUGCCGUGACGCUGAAGUUCCAGGUUCGGUUGUGGUCCGACCGGACAGGAAGCUUGAUCAUGCCUGGAUGGUUUAUUCUACAAAGAAAAGGAACCCAGGUGAGGCUGAUGCCUCAGAAAUGUGUGAGGCUAUUCUGACUCUGCUUGUAGAGCUUGGAAAGUUAAAGGAAGAGGCAAAAGCUAUGAACUGAUCUAAUCCUUCAUACAAUUUCUUUACUUCAGCAUUUUAUUUAUGUUGUUUUUGCUUUGAUUUGAUUUGCUAUAAAUGCUGUUAUUUAAACAUACAUUCACAGCAAUCAAUGGUAAAAGAGAAAAACUACUGCCUA